AUGGAGUGCCGUAGAGAGGCGAACCGCCGUUACAACUUUGGUUUUGUCCCUGGGUUUGACCCUUCCACUAAGUUCAUCAGAGACGUCCGGUUUCUACGUUUCUGGGAAGCAAGAAAUGUCUGUUGCAGUGGGGAACUAAGGAGAGUUGAUCUGAUCUUCAUCAAUUCUCAGGUUGUAAAGAAAGAUGAAGAUGUGAAAGCAAUUGUAGUGUGUGAUGACGAUUGGUUGCCUCUGUCGCCAAAGGUUGUAUUCGAUAAAAGUAAAGAGUCAAGUGAAGAGUCUACCACUAAAGCUUUGAGCUAUGUUUUUGUAUGUAUGUGCUUCUUAUGCACGUCAACGGUUCGUGCUUCAUACUUGUGGUGUGAACAAAUCGCUGCCGAAUGUGUCUACGAAGGCGAUAACGUGGUUGUAGGAGAGAUCACAAGUGUAGAGAAUGGCGUUAGCGUAGCGCUGAAGCUAGAUCGAAAAUGA